UCGAAGCUUAAGACGCGAAGGACACAUGCGAAGGACUCAUGCAUCAAACUCUCUUCCUGGCUCAGCAUGCGUCUUUGUGACUUUGGACUGAACUGGUGGAUCUCCUGCUUGCGAAAGCGUUCAGGGACGUCCCACAACCGAAACGGAUGGAUACCGGUGGGGCAACUUGCGUGUUGGUGACUGACGAUCUCGAAGUCACGUAAGACGAGCCAUACAUUGAGGUACUAUAUACACAUAGCACGAACGUGUGUAUGUUAAAAAAAUCCUUGAACCUCUCAUCCAAUUCUGUACCACGAUCCUUCAUAAUAAAUUACGUGAGUGUUGAGACAUUAGCACCGCAACCAUCGACUACCUAGGUAUGGCUCUACCUGCCCCGCCGAAGGUGUUCUGGGAGGACGAGGAGUAUGCAGUCAGGCCUGCGCGGGACAACGACGAAUGUCGGGCGGAAUGGUGGGCCUAUAUGCAGAUUUUGGGAUGGAACCGCGGGUACCAUGACCUCGACACCUAUCUCAAUCCGUCUCUGGGCCGAAGCUGCGGAAUGAUCGUGCUCGAACAGAAGUCCACGGGCAAUCUCAUCGGCCAGGUCGCCGCCAUCAUCAACGAGAACAGCACCGGCUGGGUGUCCAUGUUUAUUGUGAAAGCCGAGUUCCGCGGAAAAGGCCUGGGACGCCAUCUCUUCGACGCCGUGUUGAAGGACUUCGAAAGGGCGGGAACGGAAAUUGUCGGACUAGAUGCAGUGGAGGAGCAAGUGGGGACUUAUGAGCGGAGAGGUUUUGUCGUUGCUGGCGGUCCCAUCCAACUGAUGAUUCGCGACCUGCACCAAAAGACACCUGCUGUCGGAGCACCUGAGCCACAGGGCACGCUGAUUGAUCUUCGCGAUGUACCACGGGAGCUCCUCGCUGCUUCAGACAAGGAAUACACUGGCUUCGAGCGACCCGACGUCUGGUCUGACGCCAACUUAUUCAACCGCCCGGACAUCUCCGGACAUGCUAUCGUGACCAAGUCUCCUCCGCAGACAGUCAGCGAUAUCAUCGCGUGGGUUCUUGUCCGCCGGUCGUCGGAAGGCUUCCACAUCGGACCACUGUACGCAAAAAAUGUUCAUUCAGCAGAGAGCGCUCUUCAAGCCGCCGUAGCGAACGCCCAGGUCAAGACUAUCACCGAAAUCCCACUGCCUAAUGAGGAAAUGAAUGAUUGGUCAGAGGAAAAAGUCAUCGAGAAAGCCACUUGGACGGCUGAGGUUAGCACAUGGAAUCCUGAGGCUUUGGCCGUGUUUGAGAGGCAAGGCUGGCGAAUCUUGGAACACCAAUAUCUCCGCAUGUGGAGGCAUAACAAGGCAACACCGGAGCACGAUGAAGGCGGUCUCGGGCGUACUGGAAUCUACGGUAUAAUGGAUGCUGCCAUUGGGUAGAUGCGUAUCCCUAUGUCAACAGAUUCUAUUUCACGUCAUAUCCAGUGCUUGAGGUUCCCUGUGAUGACAAUGUGCGAGCGGGCUGCAGCUGAUCGAUCCAAGUCUCAAAUACCAUUUCGCCAGCCUUUACUGCACGAAUUGGAGUGGUAACGUGUCGCGGCUGUUCUGUAUCCUGAUCGACGUUCGGUUCUGUAGGAAUCCAAGGCUGAGGAUGGCCCACAGGCCGGCUUGCCUCACUUCGCAAUUCGAUUGCCAGAGUGAAGAUGCAUCCUGUCGGAAGCGGUUCGAGCGUCGAGCCACAAUUCGAUAGACGACCCAUUGUCGCUCUAAGCUGUUCUUCGAGAUCCACCAUUGGCAGAAUCGCCAAUUUCGUCU